AUGAAGUAUCAAAAAGAACCCGACAAAACACAACAAGGUUGGCCGCUGCGCUUCUUUACCGCACUUCUUUACUGCGUUUCUUUACCGCGCUUCUUUACCGUGUUCUGCUGCGCUUCUUUACUGCGUUUCUUUACCGCACUUCUUUACUGCGUUUCUUUACCGCGCUUCUUUACCGCGUUCUGCUGCGCUUCUUUACUGCGUUUCUUUACCGCACUUCUUUACUGCGUUUCUUUACCGCGCUUCUUUACCGCGUUCUGCUGCGCUUCUUUACUGCGUUUCUUUACCGCACUUCUUUACCGCGUUUCUUUACCGUGUUUCUUUACCGCGUUCUGCUGCUCUUCUUUACUGCGUUUCUUUACCGCGCUUCUUUACCGCGUUCUGCUGCGCUUCUUUACUGCGUUUCUUUACCGCACUUCUUUACCGCGUUUCUUUACCGUGUUUCUUUACCGCGUUCUGCUGCUCUUCUUUACUGCGUUUCUUUACCGCGUUCUGCUGCUCUUCUUUACUGUUUCUUUACCGCGUUCUGCUGCUCUUCUUUACUGCGUUUCUUUACCGCGUUCUGCUGCUCUUCUUUACCGUGUUUCUUUACCGCGUUCUGCUGCUCUUCUUUACCAUGUUUCUUUACCGCGUUCUGCUGCUCUUCUUUACCGUGUUUCUUUACCGCAUUCUGCUGCUCUUCUUUACUGCGUUUCUUUACCGCGUUCUGCUGCUCUUCUUUACCGUGUUUCUUUACCGCGUUCUGCUGCUCUUCUUUACUGCGUUUCUUUACCGCACUUCUUUACCGCGUUUCUUUACCGCGUUCUGCUGCUCUUCUUUACUGCGUUUCUUUACCGCACUUCUUUACCGCGUUUCUUUACCGUGUUUCUUUACCGCACUUCUUUACCGCGUUUCUUUACCGUGUUUCUUUACCGCAUUCUGCUGCUCUUCUUUACUGCGUUUCUUUACCGCACUUCUUUACCGCGUUUCUUUACCGUGUUUCUUUACCGCAUUCUGCUGCUCUUCUUUACUGCGUUUCUUUACCGCACUUCUUUACCGCGUUUCUUUACCGUGUUUCUGCUGCUCUUCUUUACUGCGUUUCUUUACCGCACUUCUUUACCGCACUUCUUUACCGCGUUUCUUUACCGUGUUUCUUUACCGCGUUCUGCUGCUCUUCUUUACUGCGCUUCUUUAGCGCGCUUCUUUCCUGCGUUUCUUUACCGCGUUCUGCUGCUCUUCUUUACCGUGUUUCUUUACCGCGUUCUGCUGCUCUUCUUUACUGCUCUUCUUUACCGCGCUUCUUUAGCGCGCUUCUUUCCUGCGUUUCUUUAGCGCG